AUGGCAUCUUCUAGUUUUCUUGCCGCCUCUUCCAUUGUCCUUUUAGUUCUGUUCUUCAAUGGGAUGGUGCCCAUGCAUGUAGCUUCCCAAGACGACAUCAUUUCCACCAUUUGCAAGAAAACUAGAAACCCAUCUUUUUGCUUUAACGUGUUGAAUUCUGCUGGCACCACAGACCUAAAAGGGCUAGCCAUCUUCACCCUCGACCUUGCCAACGACAAGGCUGCUCAAAGUCGUGUCCUCGCCCAGUCCUUGGAGUCCAAGGCAGUCGAUCCCAAGCUUAAAGAGCGCUAUGCCACUUGUGCUAAACACUUCAACAAUGUCGUCGACGACAUCGUGGAUGGGAAGAACUACUUGGUGAAAGGUGACUAUAAUGGCGUCAACAGUAUGGCGUCUAUAGCCAUGACGGAGGCCGGCGACUGUCUGGACAGCUUCAUGCAGCUGCCGAAGGAAUCAUCGGCGCUGUCUGGCAAUGGGAAGGUUGUGGAAGAUAUUUGUAGUAUCAUCUUGGCUAUAGCCAAUCUUCUUCUUGGGCGUGCCUAA